AUGUCAAUUGUUACUACUACUACUACUACUACUACUACUACUACUACUACUACUACUACUACUACUACUACUACUACUACUACUACUACUACUACUACUACUACUACUACUACUACUACUACUACUACUACUACUACUACUACUACUACUACUACUACUACUACUACUACUACUACUACUACUACUACUACUACUACUACUACUACUACUACUACUACUACUACUACUACUACUACUACUACUACUACUACUACUACUACUACUACUACUACUACUACUACUACUACUACUACUACUACUACUACUACUACUACUACUACUACUACUACUACUACUACUACUACUACUACUACUACUACUACUACUACUACUACUACUACUACUACUACUACUACUACUACUACUACUACUACUACUACUACUACUACUACUACUACUACUACUACUACUACUACUACUACUACUACUACUACUACUACUACUACUACUACUACUACUACUACUACUACUACUACUACUACUACUACUACUACUACUACUACUACUACUACUACUACUACUACUACUACUACUACUACUACUACUACUACUACUACUACUACUACUACUACUACUACUACUACUACUACUACUACUACUACUACUACUACUACUCUACUACUACUACUACUACUACUACUACUACUACUACUACUACUACUACUACUACUACUACUACUACUACUACUACUACUACUACUACUACUACUACUACUACUACUACUACUACUACUACUACUACUACUACUACUACUACUACUACUACUACUACUACUACUACUACUACUACUACUACUACUACUACUACUACUACUACUACUACUACUACUACUACUACUACUACUACUACUACUACUACUACUACUACUACUACUACUACUACUACUACUACUACUACUACUACACUACGAUACUACUCUAUAUAUACUACUACUACUAAUAUACUAA